CAUUCGCUAGCUCCCCAAGCCACUACCACACUAUUUCUCCAAGCUUCGUACAGUUCUUCUCCUUCGACAGCUCGGCGUAGUUGAAGCGAGAAAAUCGAUAAGGAUGACGAGACGCUGCUGUACCUCGUCGGCGCCGCCGCUCGCUGCUCUUGCCCUGCUUCUCCUCCUCUGCUUCUCCCACUGCGCGGCCGCCGCUCGCCUCUUCCCUGCCAGUACUGCUCCUCUCCAAGACAUGGGCGUCAUCGACGUCAAGGCGGCCGGCGCUACGUCAGACGGGCUAGCAGUGCUUCCUGCGGAAGGUAUCAAGGUCGGCAAUGGCGAAGAGGCUGUCCUGGAGAUGACGGAGGAUGUCGAGGCGGAGGAGGCAGCGUGCGAGGAGGGGAUCAACGGCGAGGAGUGCAUGCAGAGGAGGCUGCUCCACGACGCGCACCUCGACUACAUCUACACGCAGCGCAAGGGCAGGCCAUGAGCAGGCAAGCGCUUCCUUGGAGCUGUGGAUGCUGGGCAUCAAGUUGACACGAGGAAUCGUCUGACGAGAUGAUCGUGAUUUUAAUCAUAUCUUAUCUACUACCUGUUGUUUUGGCCAUGUACGUCCGUGCCGUGGACCGUGGCCCGUUCAUCUAGGAACAUAUUCGUAUGUGAUGUGAGUCUGUUUCCGCAUCGAUCGUCGGGUUGUACAUCACUAAUAGUAGUUAGUAGUCUGCUAGUAAUAUAAGUACUAAAUGGUAUGGCCGUCUUCUUCUUCAA